AUGGAAUCGCCACUUGCAUAUGGUAUAAUUUCACUUUUGAGCAUGUUUGAAAUUUCAUCAGAAAUACUAUAUAAUAAAGGCAAUAUGGAGAAACACUUUGCUUGUUCUAGCAAAGGGUUCCCCCGAAAGGAUGAAAUAAUCAAGUUGUAUCUUUCCUCAGAAAGCUUGAAAGUCCAGUGUUUUUUCCAAUCUGAAAAUGAGCUUGCUUCAAAGAGAAUGCUAAGUGUGUUCACAUCAGGAGGACUUGCUCCCAGCUUGGAAAUCAUAAACAGUACAGAUAAUGGCAUCUUCCACUUUAAUUUAACUUCGUUCGGUGAUCGGGUUUUCUGGUUGAUUGAUAUUCCUAGAGAAAACAUCACAAAAAACACAGAUAUUGCUGCUGUGGAAGAAUGGUUAGUAAGGAUCACUUUACAUCAUGGAUUAAAUAUUUAUGCUACUGAGGGAACCCUAUUAGAUACUGCUCGAGAACCCAUUCUUCAGUGGACUCUUGGGGUUGUAAUGCCAGAAAGUGAGGUCAGUAAAUUAUAUGCGCAUGUGAUAGAUCUCAAAGUGACAAAAUGCCCCUGUGCCAAUGAUGUAGCAUUACUUGGCUUCAUUUUGAAUACAACACUUGAUGGUGUUUACAUUGGCCUAAGCUUUUCUGGAUUUUGGCAUUAUAGUGAUACCACAUGGUAUAACUUGACAGAAACUAUCUAUUCCCAACUUCGAGAAGAACACACAGGACUUUCAGUGGUGGAUAUGGUUUUAACAAAUCACUUCUUAGUUAUCCUCACCACUUUGGGUCUUUUUGUAAGUGGAGAUCUUCGUUAUCCAUCAACCCAAGACUUAAUGCUUUCAAGACAAGACUUUUGUGGUUUUGAAAGGGUUGACUACAUCAAAGGAAAACUAUGGAAUAAUGAAAGAUGUUUUGCUAACAGAGAACACUUUGAAGUUGAUUAUGUCAGUAUCAUCUUUGACAGAAACAGGACCCUAAGUGAGGCAAGCUCUUGCUUUUAUAGUAAAGAACCAUUUCUUCAGUGGUCACCUUGCUUACAUUAUAAUUCAAAAGGAGUAAAAAAUAUUCCUCCAAGUGUAAUAACAUUUCUUGUUGACCAAGAGCAUGGUACUGGAGUCUACCUCUUAUUUAACCAGAUCCAGAAAAUUGCCACGGCCUUUGUGUGUAUUCUAAAAAAUAACAGACUAAGCGAACUACCAAAAUUUCCACCUUUCCAGUUUCCUUCAUCAUUCUCUUCUCCUGUUGGAAUGGUAUUUCACCCCCGAAGCCACUUUCUCUAUGCUUAUGGCAAUCAGGUAUGGCUUUCAGUUGAUGGUGGCAACACUUUUGAAUUAAUCGCUGACUUUCAUGAUGAUAUCAUAAAGAAUACUUAUCAUAGUUUUUAUACUUCAGAUAUUACUUUUGUUUCUGAAAGUGGAAAGGUUUACUUGACAAAGGCAGGAUUAGAAAGAUAUAGUGAAAUUGGAAAUGUCGCUGAUAAAAUUUUCACAUUAUACUAUGAUCAUUUGGGAUUCAUACAUAAAAUAACUCCAGGUCGCUUUGAAGCUGACAGGUCACUUGCAACCUCUAGAAAUUCUAAAAGUAUUUUUGGACAGGCUCCUGAUAUGGGCUUUGAGACUGCACUUGCUCCACAGUAUAUCACCUUAACUGAAAUAAUCUUUUUUGCAUAUGUACCUGAGAAUGAGCCUCAGGAAACUAUAUACACCAAGAAAUUCAACAAUAUUCACCAUGGAAAAGUAAUACACUCCAG